AUGGUUACCACAACGCGUGCCAUGAAGAGGUCUGCCUCUACCCUCCAAGGGGUCCCGGGAUUGGAUGUUGCUCUUCCCGAGAUGAUUGUGUCUCGCCCGUCAUUUCUCCUUCUUUACACCCACUACGCCAUGAUCUAUAUCGAUCAUGAGGGCAGGCUCAAGACCUACGAAUCUCAGUCUAUCCAAGAACAAGACACCAGUGUGUUCAACCCGAAAGUCUGCCAGAAUUUCCUCGAAAUUCUAGGCGAACGCAUCGGCCGCCACCAGCCCAUUGACCAGCCUUUGGCCCAGCAGGGUUUGGACGGCGACAACUUCAACGGUUCGAUUGAAAUGGUCCCUUUAAGAGUUGGGGAUACAAAAAAAGUUAUGGUUUACUAUGAAGAUACCCUCAAACGCUUCCUACAGUGUACUUGCCGUGUGAUUCUUAAGGCAUUUAUAAAGUUUAUCGAGCCGCGCAAGCAAGUCAAACACCCUAAUAACGGCGGGAAGCCACCACCAGGGUCGGCUCCAGGCACUAGGUGCAACCCAGAAAAGACUAAGCUUGAGUUGUGGCCCUCGGACGUUAAGCAUAAGGAGCCUGAUCACAUGGUGAAACCAGACCGCAUCAAACUGUUUCUUCACAUUCUUCGCAAGCUCGGUGGCUAUGAUAUCACUGCUGAUAAAUUGGAGAAAAUCGUUAGAGAUGCCAAACGGGACUUGAAGGACCCACGCGAGGUCGAGAUCAUCUAUGAGCUCCUUCGGGUGCCUAAGGCCAAAGACCUGGGACUGAUGCUAGUAUCUGUUGAGCAAAGAUCUACUACCCUGACCACAAAGACCAAGGAUCUUGCUUUAGCAUCAGCCUACGAUCUCCCAGGUAGUUCAUCCAUACCAAUACCUCUCAACUUCGAAGUUGCCGACCAACAGGAUAAUCCUGACUACAAAAUGCGGCCCGAAUACACCAACUCGUUUUUGCAGCCUAUACCCAGUACUCCUAUGAUAAGCGACACUCCAGUCUCCACGCAGAACAAUUUCUCAUGGUGUACCUCUGAUCAUCAGCACACUGAAGCCCAGGCCACUACGGCGGCUGGAUCGAUACAAACUCCUAUCAAAACGUUGCCAUCCCAGAAGACUACGCCUCACUGGCAACUAGUCAAAGUACUACAAUGCACAAUCAAAUACUUAUGGACUCUACAAGCUUUCACAAUAUGGACUACCACAACACCAUAA